UUCCGUUACAGUAUCGUUACCGGGCCACCACCGGCUGACUAACGCAGCUUUCCCCAUACAUCAUUCCUCCUGUCCGCCCCAAGCUCAACGACUUCUCUCCUCUCCCAUCCAACGUCCGUAUCACCCUCCCAGCCAUCUCCAACCUCCUCUCACCCAGCCUUCUCCUCGUCUUCCAUCUGUUGUAUCAUUCUCCUUUUGCUUCGUAGAUUUUAUCUUCUGUUUCGCUCAUUUCCAGUGUCCUUCUUUCGUCAGCAUGAAAGGCCUUCUCGCCUUAUCGAUCUUCCCGCUACUGGCGGCCUCCUCGCCGCUGGUGAUUGAUUCCAUCCAUCAAGAUGCUGCCCCCGUUCUGUCAUCAGUGAACUCCAAGCAUGUUGAGGACUCAUACAUCAUUGUUUUCAAGAAGCAUGUCACCAGCGCUUCAGCAGCUGCCCAUCAGAGCUGGGUGCAAAACCUCCACACGACCGCUUUGGCCAAAAGAUCACAGCUCAACAAACGUAACCAGUUUCCGUUCAAGAACGACGUUUUCUCCGGCCUGAAACAUACCUACGAUAUUGCUGGCUCGCUUCUAGGAUACUCGGGUUCCUUCGACGAGGAGGUUAUUGAGCAGGUCCGCAAGCAUCCAGAUGUCGAUUUCAUCGAGAAGGACUCUGAAGUCCAUACCAUGGAGAAGCAUAAAAUAGAACACAAUGCCCCCUGGGGUCUGGCCAGAAUUUCACACCGGGACAGCUUGAGCUUCGGCACAUUUAACAAGUACCUAUAUGCAGCUGCAGGAGGUGAAGGUGUCGACGUCUACGUCAUCGAUACUGGCACCAAUGUCGACCAUGUUGAUUUCGAAGGACGGGCAUUCUGGGGGAAAACUAUCCCAAUAGGUGAUGAGGAUGUUGAUGGCAAUGGCCACGGGACCCAUUGCUCCGGAACUGUCGCAGGCAAGAAAUUCGGCGUCGCCAAAAAAGCCCAUGUCUACGCUGUCAAAGUCCUGAAGUCCAACGGCUCUGGAACGAUGUCUGAUGUCGUUAAGGGCGUUGAAUGGGCCACUACCCGCCAUUUGAGACAAGUGGAAGCCGCUAAGUCAGGCAAAGGACGGAAAGGCUUCAAGGGUAGCGCCGCCAACAUGAGUUUGGGUGGCGGAAAGUCUAUGACGCUCGAUCUCGCGGUUAAUGCAGCCGUUGAUGCUGGCAUCCACUUUGCUGUAGCUGCUGGCAAUGAUAAUGCCGAUUCCUGCAGCUACUCCCCCGCUGCUGCUGAGAAGGCUGUCACUGUCGGCGCCUCCACUCUUGCUGACGAGCGUGCUUACUUCUCCAACUAUGGACCAUGCAAUGAUAUCUUCGCACCUGGUCUUAACAUCCUCUCUACAUGGAUUGGCAGCAAAUAUGCCGUCAAUACCAUCUCCGGUACUUCCAUGGCAUCUCCUCACGUUGCCGGCCUCCUUGCCUACUUCCUUUCUCUCCAGCCAGCUGAAGAGUCCGCCUUUGCUGUCGCUCCCCUUACCCCGGAGAAACUUAAGGCCACCCUCAUUGAUAUCGGCACCUGGGGCGUACUGACCCAAGUUCCCGCGGAUACUGAGAACGUCCUUGCCUGGAACGGGGGUGGCUCUUCCAACUACUCCGCAAUUGUGGCCAAGGGUGGGUACAAAGUUGCGUCGUUCCAGGAGCAGGCCCAGGAUACUCUCGACAGGCUCGAGACGGCCGCUAAUCAUGAGCUCCACGCCAUCUACAGCGAGCUCAAGAGUGCGUUUGUCUUGUAGAAACCUAAACCACGACCUCAGCAUGGUAUCAUGUCUCCGUAAUGUCGCUGGGGCUGGGUUGGGCAAGAUGGCUGGAUGAUGGCCUCGCCGACAGGCGUAAAGUGCCGUAUGAUUUGCUUUCGCUUUCCCCUUUCUACUCGUUCUACUCAUCUUUCCUCCUCUCUCAAUACAUGUGUGCAAUUUCUUUCAUGCGUUUGCGCCGGUUUUUCUCUCCAAAUCUCCUAGGAAACGUUGGUCGUUCCUAACUACUCUGUGGUUACGCGUGGUGCUUGUAUUGGUUUUGUUUUUCACGUCACUGUUAUCAUUACACUAGGACUCUUGUUAUCAUUUUUCUGUGUUAGAGACGGCGACACAGUAUAAGGCACCCUAUAUACAUCUUCUGCCACCCAUGCACCUGGGUGAAAUGUAGACCUGAAUGAGGAUUUCAUCAGUACCUUUUAUCUUAACCUAUUUUCCUUCAACCUAUUUUGGUUUCCAACAUCGCGUAGAAGCUCCCUCAACUCUGCCGCGUGAUAAUAAAACAUGGGCCAAAAAUGAAUCAAUCCUACCGGCUGCCUAGACCACGCAGUAACUAUACCAAAUAUGUCCUCUAACUCUGUCACCGAAAACUUCCCUCUAAAAACACCCAAAGCCGCUACCAAAAGAGUAUUUGAAAAACCGUACCUCUGCGGCUCAAUACCAACCAUUCCGUUGGGGGCGGGACGACGGGACGAACAGCCUUGGAUUAUCGAGAGGCAGCCGGCUGCGUGAGGCGAAGGUAUUUAUUUUGUGGAAGUGUAAAGUUUGCUUGAUUGAUGAUUGCUACCUAAGAAAGAAGUUAUAUGGUGGAAGAAGGAUUACCAAGCUAGAUCAUGACAUUCUGUAGGCUACUGGGGCAAAAGAGCUCACCAGCGCACUGCUGGUAGAAGGGCCGAUCAACCCGGGACCCCCAAGACAUUCUGACUCACUAUAGUAACUGUACAUGAUUCUAAUCUGUAUUGAUCAUAUAAUCUCAAAUCUCUUGUCUGCUGUUUCACUAUAUCCAGCUCUGCAGUCUCAUGUUGAACAUGUGUUUUGUACCAGUGGCUUUACUACUGCCUCCCUACGGAGUAGAUGUCUCCGACAAAGGCCCCCAUGAUGCCGGGGUUAAACCUGCCAGUCGACAAUACAUAAUUUAGGCUCCGAUAGAGAGCGAUUGCAUCAAUUUGCAUGUAUGUAUUGUAUCCGACGGCCCCACCCACCGCGGGCUGAU